ACCAGAAGGCCGUUAGCCGACAAGGAAACAGGAUCUGUAUGUUUUUUUUCCAGGUCAGCUGAUCGGGUCAUGUGACCGCGGACCUUGUGUUUUGUCACUUUCCAGGAAGCUGCGGUUCCGGUGCGGUAUUUGAUGUCUGUCGUGCAGCUGCCGCCAUAGGGGAAAGAAAGACGGCGCCAGAGCUGAGUAUGGACGGCGGUGUACCCAUCUCCCUGCUGGUCAUCACCCUGCUGGUGGGCAACUGUGCCCCUGAUACCCAGGUCGCCCCCGUCAUCACCAUGGAGCAGUUGUUGUGGAUCAGCGGGCGCAUGAUCGGGGAGGUGGACACGUACCGCAUUCCCCUGAUCACCUACACCCCUCGGGGGCAUCUCCUUGCCUUUUCUGAAGCUCGAAAACAUUCUGCUUCUGACUUGGGGGCAAAGUUCAUCGCCACCCGGCGCUCACAUGAUGGAGGUUACACUUGGGGUCCGACCUCCUUCAUUGUGGAUGACGGGACGGCUCCGGACGGGCUCAAUCUGGGAGCUGUGGUGGUGGAUGACGAGACGAAGAAUAUAUUCCUGGUAUACACGCUGUGCGCCCACUACAUCCAGUGUGGGGUCUCUAGCGUCAUGGUGACUAACAGCUCGGACGAUGGCAUCACCUGGAGCAUUCCAAGGAACAUUUCCCAUGAGAUUGGCACCAAAAUGUUUGCCCCCGGUCCAGGGUAUGGAAUCCAGAAAAAGUUCUCCCCUAUGAAGGGGCGGCUGAUCGUCUGCGGACACGGGACGCUGGACGAGGACGGGAUCUUCUGUCUGUUAAGCGAUGACCACGGAGACAGCUGGAAAAAAGGAGGGAAUCUGGAGGGGCUGCCAUUCAAAACGCAGAAGCGACUGGGGGACUUCAGCCCGGACGAGUGUCAGCCCUAUGAGCUCCCGGACGGCACCGUGGUUAUAAACGCCCGGAACCAGUACUUCUACCACUGCCGCUGCCGCAUCGUGGCCCUCUCCACCGACGGCUGUGACACGCUUCCUCUGGAGAACGUCCGCUUCGACGAGGGCUUACCGGACCCAGCGGUGGCUGCCGGCGCCUUAUACAAAGGCGGCAUUACCUACUUUGUCAACCCUGCUAACCAGGCUCACAGGGUCAAUCUCACUCUUCGUUGGAGCUUCAAUUCCGGGGACUCCUGGGAACAAAAUUCUAUCCAGAUCUGGCCAGAAGCUAGCGGCUACUCCAGCCUCACCACCCUGUCCCGUCACAUGGAGGAUAACGAGAACAUCUAUAUUAUCUACGAAAAGGGAAGAAAAGACAUUACAGAGUCCAUCGCUAUAGUGAAGGUCAAUAUGUACGGCAACAUCUGACCCCAUGAAGGAGGAGAUAAAGGAUUCACAAGACUCUCUCUAUGCACAUUCCACUUCUUCUCCUACGUGAUCUCUCUUAAUAAGAGGUCACAAUAAAUGGACUGUCUACUUGAACUUUUCGGUAUCAUCUGGGUAUUGCACAUAGUUAUUUGUAUGAACUGUUAUAGAGGGUCCUCCUUUAGGACUUCUCUUAUAUAGCCAGAAGCUCCCACAAAGAUGAAAGACCAUGGGGAUCUCUUUCUUACAUGGACAUCUAUUAUCAGAUCUGCUGAGCAAUUCCAUUGGUCGGGAGAAGCACCUCUUUAAGCGGACAGCCCCUUUUUAAAAUCAUAAUUCAGAAGAAUUGUGAGGCAUAUUAAACAGGUUGUGGAGUAAAAAAACAAUUUGUAAAUGGUGUCAAAAAGUAUAAUAAAGCAACUUACUAAUAUAAUGUCAUUGGCCAUAGUGUAAAAAUCUUCCAUGUAAGCUGUGACAUCACGUCAAGGGAUGUGAAAGCAGUCUGCUCCCUCCUCCUGGCCGAGAUCAUUGUUGUGAAGAGGGGAGCUCAUCUUCUGCUCAUUAGAUAAGGCAGCAGGAAGCCAUUCUCAGUCAUCAGACUGCUGCCUUAUCUAAUAAGUAAUCACUGGUCUUGUUCUGAGCAGACAGGAAGGAAGGGAGGAGGAGGGACAUGAGCUCUCUGCAUUCACAGCCUGUGACGAGACGUCACAGCUUACAAGGGAGUGCUGAUCUCUGUACUAUGGAUAAUAACAUUAUAUUGCUUUAUUAUACUUUUUGACACCUUACACGGUUGUUGAUUUCUUCACCGGAUAACCAAAUGAAGUCACAGAUCAUUCGAAUGAGACUGUCCGCUUUCUUGUACUUGGUGCUCAGUUGACCCCUCGGCCCUAUCGGAGCCAGUCGGAGAAAUCUUCAGUGAAAAAGUGGAGUAACCAACUGAGGGCCCUUCCCACCAACAUUCUUGACACUUUUUUUAUUUUUUAUUUUUUUUGUUGGUUGCUAUAUAAUUAAUGAGACAGUUUGAUAAUAUAUACUGUAGAUUUCGAGUUUUCUCCUACCCAUCGGCACAGGGUCAAACUUAGAAAAUGUGUGUGAAUAGUGAUUGAUGGAAUUCGCUGCAGUCCCCUUUAUGGCCAAUCAUAUAAUUUCCCAGGAAAUCUAUCACUUAUAAAAAAAAUUGUGAAAUAAAUAAAAAUGGAGAUAAUUUUACCUGGGGAAAAAUCAAUUCACAGAUAUAAGCUUUGUACAGAUGUAGCAGAGCUGAGUUCCUUGUUUUGCACCACUCCUUGUAACUAUCUAAUUUAUAUAUAAUAUUUA